UCUUUUUAACUUUUUUCUUUUUUCAUCUUUCAGUUAUUUCUUUGAUUUUUUAGAACUUUUGUUUUUCUAAUUACUUUUUGCAGGCACUGAAUCAACACACAUCUUUCAUUAAUGGAGAUUCUUGAAGAUUCAACAACUCCCAUGAGCCCUUUGAGCCAAUACUUCAACACCUCUGAAAUGUGUGUUUCUGUUUUGGGAGUCCUCGAACUCGAAUCUCCGAUCUCUCCCCCUGACGCCAUUUCAAUUGUAACUGAUGUUCUCCUCCCUGCCAACCCACGCUUUACUUCAAUCAUGGUAAAAGAGAAGUCAACGGGAGAAAGAAAGUGGAAGACAGCUGAAGUUAACCCAAGAGACCACAUUUACGUACCGACUUUUCCAAACGACCUCUCGCCUUAUGAAUACGAUGCUUACUUCGACGAAUAUGCCACGAAAACAGCCACUAAACCCUUCUCCCAAAGCAUUCCUUUGUGGGAAAUUCACGUUUUCAACUACCCUACAAGCCAUGCAGCUUGUAGUAUAAUUUUCAAGGUUCAUCACUCUAUAGCCGAUGGCUUCUGUCUUAUGAACACUCUUUUAUCUUGCCUUAAGAGAGCCGACGAUCCUUCUCUUCCUCUCACGUUCCCGUCUCGAAAACACUCAAAACAACCCAAAAACGAUGCUCGUUUUGGGCUCCUUAGCCAUCUCCCUCGUCGAAUCUCCUCCGUCGUAUCAAACUUUGGAUGGAGUGUGAUGAAAAACACUUUUGUUGAAGACGACCCAACACCCAUCAAGCCAGAAGGAGAUUGCAUGCAGCUUGUCAAGCCAAUUGCCAUAUCCACCAUGACCUUUUCCCUUGAUCAAAUCAAACAAAUCAAGAACAACCUUAACGUGAGUAUUAAUGAUGUCCUCACCGGAAUCAUAUUCAUCGGAGUUCGACUAUACAUGCAAGAACACAACCCUCAGUCAAGUGAGAAAAAUUCAAGUGCAUUGAUUCUCCUCAAUACUAGGAAGGCUAAGGCUUACAAAUCAGUUAAAGAGAUGCUCGAAACCGACACCGAUGCGCCGUGGGGAAACCGAAUCGCCUUCUUGCCAGUCCCAAUACCUAAACUAAUUGAUUCUACCCUUUCAAAUAACCCUUUGGAAUUUGUCAAGGAAGCCAAAGAAAAAAUCAUGUUGCAGAGAAACACUCUCUCCGUUUUCAUGGCUGCCAAAGUUUUUGAUAUAGUAAACCACGUGACAGGCCCUGAGGUUGGAGCAAAGUUGUUCAAAAGGAAGCUCAAGAAUUCAAGCAUCAUGAUAUCAAGUAUGAUUGGGCCUUUGGAGAAAAUGGCUUUGGCCAAUCGUCCUGUUAAAGGCUUAUACUUCACUGUCCCAGGCAUGCCUCAGAGUCUACUUAUAACAAUUGUGAGUUACAUGGGAGACUUGAGGAUUGUAUUUGGAGGUGAGAAGUGCUUCAUAGAUCAACAGAAAUUGAAAGUAUGUAUUGAGGAUGCCUUCAAAAGGACACUGAUGAAAGCUGCUAAAAGAAGUUCGAUCUAAUUUUCGAAGCUGCUUCAAGACGUUUUUACUCAGAUAUUUAUGUAUUUCAAUUCCACCAAAAGUGCGUGCUUGUGAGACAUUAUGUUCAAUUUGGUUUGUAGUACUAAAUUACAAAGUUAAUGUAAUAAUUUUUUACCUAUUUCUAUAUAGGUAAUUUUUUUAACUUAA